AGGAGGCGUACAGCAGAGCCCGAUAAAUGCCACACAAAAUCAACGUGGGCCUCGUGGCGCUGGCCGCUCUGACGGCGGCCGUGUUGGCCGACCCGUCGGUGGACCGGCGGGCCAGCAUGGGGUUCAUGGGCAUGCGGGGCAAAAAAGACCGAGACCAGGGUAGUGGUGGCGGAGGAAGUGGUGCCGACGAGACUUCCACCGCGGUCGACCUGGACAAGCGGACCCUGGUGUUCCGGCACCCGAUGUUCGAGGGUGGUACCGGCUUCGGCGGUGGUCCGGCGGAGGGCUUCAAGCGGGCCAGCAUGGGGUUCAUGGGCAUGCGCGGCAAGAAGGACUACUACAGCAACAACAAGGGCUCGGCGGCCGGGUUCUUCGGCAUGCGUGGCAAGAAGGUUCCGUCCGCGAACGCGUUCUACGGCGUCCGCGGCAAGAAGUGGCCGGACCACGAGGACACCGUGGACGCGGAUGUCCAAGGAUYUCCGAUAUACAUCCUGUACAGGAUCAUCGACGAACUCAAGUCAGAACUAUCUGACCGGGAGCGAACUUUGGUGGCGGCUAAAUUCUUCGACGAAAAAGAAAUACGUUAAAUUUUGAUUAAUUUAUUUUUAAUAAGAUUACCGUAGCAUGAAAUUAAUACCUACUAUAUAAAAUAUGAUUUUUGCUAUUUAACAUUGUUUAAGAURACUUAUUUAGUAGUUAAUAUCUAUGACGUUAAAUAAACAUUUUAUUGAUUGUAUAAAGGAACUACAU